AUGACAAUCUCAGGAGUAAUCCUGGGAAUCUGCCUUGGAUUCGGGUUAAAAGCUGUUGAACCGCCAUUCGACAAAGUCGACAUUGAAUACAUAAAAUUCCCCGGAACAAUGCUUUUACAAGCACUUAAAAUGUGCGUCUUGCCCCUGAUCGUAUUCUCGAUUAUCUCUGGCAUCGCAAGUCUGGAUUCCAAGACGACUGGAAAGAUGGGAGGCAUUGCUGUCGCCUAUUAUGGAACUACCACGCUGUUGGCUGUUAUUGAAGGAAUCAUCCUUUGCGCAGCGAUUAGGCCUGGAGUCACCCCUGGCUCUUCAAGUGGAGAGGUUGUUUCGACAUCCGGUGAUUUGGCUACUGUCGAUACUCUUCUCGACUUGAUCCGAAAUCUUCUCCCGACCAACAUCGUCAUGGCCACUUUCUCCCAGUCCAGCACUUAUCGAAAGCGAACCAUUACGACCCACGAUUGCAGAGGUUUAUCACCUGGACUUUUGGGAACAAUUUUUGAUGAGGAUUCAUAUGAUAUCAAUUGCAUAACUACAACCAAAGCUUUUUCGCUGACAAAAGAUAAUGUCAACGAUCCGGACUAUGGCUACAACUCAACUCUUUGCUCCUAUGUACAGACAAAGGAAGAAUUCAUCAAUUCCGAGAUGCAAUACGAAUGCGAGUGGAAAGGAAUCGGCACUAACUACAGUCACACUGGAGGUGGACCACGAGAAAACGUCCUCGGUGUCCUUUUUUUCUCAAUCUCCCUCGCUUUGGCCAUCACUAGAAUUCCUGACAAGCGAAUUCGGGAAGUUUUGGUUGCGUUUUUCAACGCUAUGAAUGAUGCUAUUCUUCGAGUCGUUUUUGUCAUCAUUUGGUACGCUCCCAUUGGUAUCAUUUUCCUCAUUGCGCCGAUUGUGAUGUCCGACGAUUUCAACGAAGUCGGUCUGAGCCUCCUUAGAUACUCAGGAACUGUAAUUGGCGGUUUGGCUCUUCACAGCUUGAUUAUUUUGCCCAUUGUCUUCAUUCUCGGCACGAAGGACUUUACCCUUAGAGCUCCACUGAACGUGAUCAAAUAUGUGAAGGGAGUCAGUCAGGCGCUUCUUACCGCUUUUGCCACCGGUUCAAGUUCCGCCACCUUGCCCCUUACAAUGUCGACGCUGGAAAUCAACAAUGACAUGGACCAGCGAAUAACUCGAUUUGUUUUGCCAAUCGGAGCGACAAUUAACAUGGAUGGAACGGCUCUGUACGAAGCUGUUGCUGCUAUUUACAUUGCUCAGGCGGAAGGAUUGCCGCUCAGUUUUGGGGAUUAUAUUUUGAUCAGUAUCACGGCUACAGUAGCAUCGAUCGGCGCUGCUGGAAUCCCACAGGCUGGCCUCGUAACCAUGAUCAUUGUUCUCACCGCGAUUGGACUUCCUCCAGAUCGAGUUUCGCUCAUUCUCGCCGUCGAUCCUAUUCUUGACAGAUUCCGAACUGCCAUCAAUGUCAUGGGUGAUGCAAUGGGCUGCGGAGUCGUCAGAGCAAAUGUUUCACUCGAUGAAAUCGAGCAAGCUGGAGUUCAAAAUGACGCGCUAGAAGAGCCCGCUUCUCCUCCAAGAAAGAAGAAUCAAGUCGCCUCAGAACUUUAA